AUGCCUGUUAUGAAGGGAUUGCUCGCGCCACAGAACACAUUUUUGGAUACUAUAGCGACGCGUUUUGACGGCACACACAGCAACUUCAUCCUGGCCAAUGCACAAGUGUCCAAAGGCUUCCCGAUCGUGUACUGCUCGGAUGGAUUCUGUGAGCUUACUGGAUUUGCCCGAACUGAGGUCAUGCAGCAGAGCUGCGCAUGCAAGUUUCUGUAUGGGCCGGAGACCAGCGAGCACAUCAUUCUUCACGUGGAUUCUGCGCUUGAGGAACGUAGCGAGCUCAAGGAGGAGAUCAUGUUCUACAAAAAGAAUGGUAGUGUGUUCUGGUGUCUGCUGGAUAUUGUGUCAAUCAAGAAUGAGAAGGGAGAUGUGGUCCUCUUCCUUGCCUCUUUUAAAGACGUCACUGACACCAAAGCCAAAUCUAUACUUGAGGAGAAGAAAGAAGAGUGCCGCCGCGAGAAGGUCAAGGGCGGGUCUCCGUUUGGCUCCACGCGGCUGCGAUCUAGCACAGUUCUCUACCAUAUUUCAGGACACCUGCAUAACCGUCAAAAACAAAGUAAAAUCAAACUUAACAAGAAUGUUUUUGGUGAUCCACCUGCUCUUCCUGAAUAUAAAGUCGCUGAUGCCAAGAAGUCCAAGUUCAUUCUUCUUCACUUCAGCACCUUCAAAGCGGGCUGGGAUUGGCUGAUCCUUCUGGCUACAUUCUAUGUCGCUGUGACGGUGCCGUAUAACGUUUGUUUUAUUGGUGAUCAGGACUUGACACGUAGCACCACUGUCACUGACAUUGCCGUCGAGAUUCUUUUCAUCAUUGAUAUCGUGUUCAGUUUCCGCACUACGUACGUGAGUAAGUCGGGGCAGGUGAUCUUCGAUGCGCGGCUGAUCUGCAUCCAUUACAUGACCACCUGGUUCAUCAUCGACCUGGUUGCCGCUCUGCCCUUUGAUCUCCUUUACGCUUUCAAAGUCAGCGUGGUGUCAGUGGUCCAUCUGCUAAAGACCGUACGCCUGCUGAGGCUCCUGCGUCUGCUGCAGAAGAUGGACCGCUACUCCCAGCACAGUACGGUGGUGCUGAAGGGUAUCAGGCGCACCGGCCAUUGCUCUCGUGGUCACCCACCGGCUUCCUCUCUCUUGAAAGACUUUCCAGAUGAGCUGCGUUCAGACAUUGCGAUGCAUCUGAAUAAAGAGAUCCUAGAGCUGUCCGUCUUCUCCUCUCUGAGCCGUGGAUGUCUCCGCUCUCUCUCCCUGCACAUAAAGACUUCGUUUUGUGCGCCGGGCGAAUACCUUCUUCGUCAGGGAGAUGCUUUACAGGCUCUUUUCUUUGUCUGCUCCGGCUCCAUGGAGGUGCUAAAGGACAGCAUGGUGCUAGCCAUCCUCGGUAAAAGCGACCUGAUUGGUGCAAACAUGUCGGUUGGUGACCGUGUGAUAAAGACAAAUGCUGAUGUGAAGGCGCUGACGUACUGUGACCUGCAGUGCAUUAAUCUGAGGGGUCUGUAUGAGGUGCUCGACCUGUAUCCUGAAUACUCCCACCGUUUUGUGCAGGACAUAACACACGACCUCACCUACAACCUGAGAGAGGGACAAGAGAGCCAUGUCAUAUCCAGGAUGUCCAGUAAGUCCAUGGACACACAGAUGGAGGGGAAGGGAAAUGGAGACGUGAUCCAGUGCUAUCCACCAAUAGCUGAGCAUCAAGACGAGGGAGAUGAUGAUGAUGAAGAUGAUCAGAUAGAGUAUCUCAGUGGUGGAACCAAACAGAAAACGCACAUGAAAAAUGAUCACCAAACCAACAAAAAGCUCCACAUUCAGCAUACCACUGUCACAAAUCCUGACCUCGCAAAUCUCAGCCCAAGGGUCGUGGACGGCACAGAGGACAGUGAUGGUACAGAAAAUUCACACACAUUCAUAUUUUCCUCUGGCCAUCAGCACACCAUCAGUGGUGCAACUAAUACCACUGCCACCACAGCAGAAUUAGCAGCUAAAUCAGAGGACACCAGAGGACAGCUACGCCACCUUAACCAAGAGGUGAACUCUCUCGGACGGGAGGUGGCAGAGCUGGGACGAGUCAUGCGGAGUCUUGCCUUUCUCAUGGAAUCCAUGAUGGCCUCUCCUCAAACACCAGGUGUCUGUACAUCCACGUUUACCUCGGGAUAUCCAUCACCUCCCGUCCCCUUCCCGAGCCAGGGUUCUUCUUGGACCAGCCCUCCUUUUUCUUCACCGAUGCACCCUGGAAUACGUCCAGGAGGACUUGUAUCCCAUCCGCUCAGACCACAAGAACUGCAGCUGGUCUGCCCCACCUCAUCUCCCGGUUCCUUUCCCAUCACACUUUCCUCAUCCCCCCAUACAGACAGAUUCAGAGAGCCGUUAUUGACCCUUUCUCCGCACAGCGCAGUCGCUCGGACCCGCUCGCAGAGCCUGGAGACGCCUCAUCCGCAGCAUCACCAACACAUCUCACACACCCCUGGAACUUUACCCAGAGCCGGACAGCCAUCGCUGGGAGAAGGGGAGGAUCUCAGGUCCCUGGAGGAAAGCUUCUGGAUUCGUGAAAAGACUGCUGGGAACGGAUGCAAUAUGUUUGGCCACUGUGGGAAUUGUGGGAAUCAUAUUCCAACGCAACAAUGAAUCUCGAUGCAGCUCUCUCACUGUCUCGAUGGCUUUGUGAAACUCUCCUCUCUCCAAUACUACUGGGAAUGUAAUCACGUUAUUUAAAUUCUUUU